UAUUUUUCGUUAAAUUUUUCCUUAGGAAAAAGUAUAUUUUCAGUGAAGUGAGGUGUUGAGGGGGGAAAUGGGACAGUUGGGAGCAGCCGGGGUUCUCCUGGCCCUUUUUGGCAUGGUAUCGGCCCAGGGAAUGAGCAAACUCUGCUCGCAAGAUGGAGACGGAUCUUUCUAUGACUUUUCUGCCGAGAAACUCGAUGGUAGUGGGACGAUCAACUUCAAGGACUACUCGGGGAAGCAAGAGCCGGGUGCGAAUGCGACGGAAAUUUACAACACCAUCAAGUACGUGAGACCCGGGAACGGGUUCGUGCCCAAGUUUCAGCUCUUCAAAAAGGUGGAAGUCAAUGGAGGCAACGCAAGUGUCAUCUACAAAUAUCUGAAA